AUGAAAUACUCUAACUGGAAACCUCCCCCUAAUGAUAUAGUUAAAUUUAAUGUGGAUGGUUCUUAUAUUCAAUAUUCUAACAGUUUUGGCACUGGUGUUGUGCUGCGCAACCAUACAUGUACAUGCCAUGGAAUCAAAGGGAGCUAUGGAGAUGGAGCACUGAAUCCGGAAGCAGUGGAAUGCAUGGCAGUUAUAGAAGCACUCUCUUGGGCAAAAGAUCUGAAGUUCUCAAGGAUCCAGAUUGAAGCUGAUGCAAAACUAGUUAUAGACACCAUUAAUGGGAAUAUCCUACUCAUUCAAUGGGAAAAUAGGAACAUAAUAAAGGAGAUAAAAUAUUUAAUCUCUAGUUUUUCUCUUUGUGAGUUUGUUCAUGUAAGCCGUGAUAAUAAUCAAGUGGCAGAUGCUGUUGCAAAACAUGUUAGCCAGUCAGCUUUGUCAAUUUUAACAGAUGGAAACUUUAAUGCAGGUUUUUAUGAUCUUCUGGCAAAAGAUCACAAUCCCUGCUAA